AACCGCUCAAUAUUCAUCCCUUGGUGGCCGGACGAGAACGCUACUACUACUUCUUCUUCUUCUGCUGCUGCUGCUGCUGCUGCUUCUGCUUCGACCCUACUCGAAUCGACCGUUCCUCCCUUAGCGUUCUCUUUGCUUGUCGUUUAUUUCGGACACACAAAGAGACGCAGGAGGAACUAGGAUAGAAGUUAAAGACAGAGGGAGUGAAAAAGAGAGAGAGAGGGAAGAAUAAAAAAGACUUCCAAUAAUUCAUCUUUUGAUUUAACGAAAUGGAAGGCAAGAAGGUCGAACAGUAUUACAGUCCACCGCCAAAGCUCGGUAAAUGGGAAGGCUUCAGAGUCUUUCUAUGGAAUUCGGAAACAGGACAAUUUCUUGGACGAACCGGUGCAAGUUGGGCCAAGAUCCUUUUAUUCUACGUCCUUUUCUAUGCCGUACUGUGUGGUUUCUUCGCCGCCAUGUUGGCCGUCUUCUACCAGACGUUAGAUCCAAAGCAACCAAAAUGGCAAUUGAACAGUUCGUUGAUCGGUACCAACCCAGGAUUAGGUUUCAGGCCAAUGCCACCUGAGAGUAACGUCGAAAGUACUCUGAUCUGGUACAAAGCUAGCGACGAAGGUAACUUUCUUCAUUGGACCAAAGAAUUGGAUGCAUUUCUCGAAGAAUAUCACAAGUCUGGAACGUCUGGAGGCGAUACUGACCAACAAAGAGUCCGCUGUGAUUAUGGUAAACCUGCACCACCUGGUAAAGUUUGCGACGUUGAUAUGACCCAAUGGGGACAAUGUACGAAGGAGAAGAAAUAUGGUUUCAACAAAUCGGCACCCUGCAUCUUCCUCAAACUGAACAAGAUCUUUGGAUGGAUGCCAGAUUUUUAUAACGACACUAAAACUCUUCCACCUGGUAUGCCAACUGAUCUUCAAAAUCAUAUUAAAAAGGAAGAAAGUAGUCAAAGACUAGACACUGUCUGGGUAUCUUGUGCCGGAGAAAAUAGUGCUGAUAUUGAAAAUAUGGGUCCUAUUCAGUAUAUACCACGUCGUGGAUUUCCUGGAUAUUAUUUCCCAUUCACAAAUACACCGGGUUAUCUAAGCCCACUCGUUGCUGUCUUCUUUGAAAAGCCUAAAUACGGUGUAUUAAUCAACAUCGAGUGCAAGGCCUGGGCGCACAAUAUAAUACACGACAGAUUUGAAAGGCGUGGAUCGGUACAUUUCGAAUUGAUGGUGGAUUAAAUCUCUAUUGGUCAUGGCCUCUAAGAAGACUAUUACCAACAGCGUCCAAUAGUGAGAGAGAGAGAGAAAAAGAGAGAGAGAUACAAAAGAAAAAAAUAGAGCGAGAGCGAGAGAGAGAGAGAGAAAGAAUGAGAAAGUGAGAGAGAACGAGAUAAAAGGCGAAAAAGUGAGAGAGAGAGAGAGGGAGAGAGAGAAAAAGAGAGAAAAUAGAAUAAGUAUUUAAUUUUAAAUCGAUUUCAUCGGCCCGUUUUACAAUACUAAACACGCAUCCUCUUUUCCUAUAUUUUAUUGUUUUAGAUCUUCUAAACGAGCCUCCUACCACCGUCCACAAAACUAAUCCCUGUUUCUCCUCGUUACACUGUCAUUGUGCCAUAUUCGUUGUUAUCUCUCACCGCCUAGUUACUUAUCACCGCCACCAUCUAUUUAUCUCACCAUCGUGUUCACGAAGGAUUCUAUCUCUUAAUAAUUCCAUCCUCUCUGUUUACGUGUAGAUCUAUCGGAUCGUUUCUUUACAAAAGAGAUCAAAGAAACGUUGCGAAAGAGGAAAAACGUUAUCAGAGAAUCUAUCAUCGCUCUAAAAACUGGAAUGCACAAAGAAAAAAGUAAGAAAGAUUAAAAAAAAAAACCCAAAAAAAUAUCAAAAUAAAAAAAAAGACAAAGCAAAAGAUCUCGCAGCGUUAUUCCUUUAUUAUUAAAAAAGAAAAGGACAGAAAAAAAAAAGAGAGAACAAAAAAUUGACGAAGGGGUGUCCCUUUUUAUGUAUUGAAAAGAAACCAAUUUUUUAUCGUAUUAUUAUUAUUAUUGUUAUUAUUAUUAUUUUUGAUUUGAUUUGUGGAAAAUUUGGAUUGGUUUUUUCUUCGUGAAUCAACACGUACAAAGGUAGACCUCGCGUUUAAAAAUUCACACGUUAAUGGCCAAAUAUGAUUCAACACUGUCUCAUUUGCUAUCUCUAUAUUAUUGCAACAAAAACAAAAAAAAAGCUCCAACGAUCUGCUCCGUUUUUAAAGCUUGCGAAUCGAAUCGAAUUGAUAUGUAUAUAUACAUAUAUAUAUAUACACACAAACAUAUAUAUAUCUGUGUAUAAUAACGUGGCUACCUGUUGAGAUAUUAAAGAGACAUUAUUAAAUCGAGCGAAGAUGUCCUGAAAAGUUGUGUCUCUCCAUGUGUUAAAAAAACAUUUAUAAAUAUUAUCUAUAUAUAUCUAUAUAUAUAUAUAUGUAUAUAUAUAUAUACACAAACACACAUACAUAUAUGUAUAUAAAUAUAUAUGUUCUUUGUUAUAUCGCGUUAAUUGUAUAGUUGUUAUCAAUCUGGCACUACUCUUAUCAUGCUAAAUAUAUAUAUGUAUAUAUAUUUAUAUAUAUAUAUAUACAUAUAUACAUAUAUAUCAAAGGAUAAUUUAUUAGAGAGCCAAAUGACAGUGAGAACGAAAGAAAUAAAAAAUGACACUUUCGAAUGUCUCAAUCUUUUUGUGGAUCCAACUUCAAUGAAAAAAAUUCUCUUCUCUUUUUCGUCAUUAAAAUGUCACGCGUGCGUUCAAAUAAUACAACAACAAUAACAAUAACAACAAUAAUAUAUUAGAGGAAUAGCGAUGUGAUCUGAUAAUAUACGGAGUACAUUAACUUUCACUUGAGAUUAUAUUGCGUAUCACAUAAAAAAAAAAAAAACUAUCUAUAUUGUUAGAGUCUCUAUGCAAAUGAUAUAAAAGAAAAAGAAAAAUAGGAAAAAGAAAAAAAAUGAAAAAAUCUUAGGGAUUGUGUGAAUCGUAGAAAAAAUUCGUAUUAUUAAAUUAAUAUCCGCUUAAGAGAAAGAGAGAGAAAGAGAGAGAGAGAGAGAGAGAGAGAGAGAGAGAGAGAGAGAGAGAGAGAGAGGAUAUCUUCGUUCGUUCCCUAAUAUCCAAGGACCGAAUAUGCGAAGAUCGAUAAAAGAAAAAAGAAAAAAAUUAAUAAAAAAAAAAAAUAAAAUAAAAUAAAAUAAAAUACAAAACAAAUGAUUUCAACCGCUCGAUCGCAAGCUGAUAUAUAAAUAAGAUGUAUUCCUAUAAAUCUCAUAAAUAUUUAUAAAAAUUGUUUUAUGAUACUUAACGUACGAACAUAUAGUUAAGAAACGUUUCUCCUUCGUGUGUCUUUGUAGUUGAUAAUAAUUAGAAGAGGGAAAAGUGGGAAAAGAUUUAAAAAAAAAAGAUAUAUAAAGAAGAAAAAAGCGUGUGUGUGUGUGAGAGAAAGAGAGAGAGAGAGAGAGAGAAAGAGAAAGAGAUGAAUAAUACUUCGUUGUCCCGAAAGAAAUUCGUUUGUUCAUUUCGAACGAACAGAUCCACAUUAUUAUAUUAUAUCUCACUCUCGGCUUAUUUUUAAUCAGAUCUUUAUCUCGCUUUUUAUGUAAAUCUCUGUUACGAACGCGUCCUGAUCUCGAUUCUGAGGUGAGAGUCGUGAUUCUAUUUAAUUAGAAUCACACCAACGACCGACGAGAAUCGAGAGAGACCGCAUAUUAUUGUAUUAUACAAAGAAAAAGAGAGAAAGAGAAAGAAAAAGAGAAAGAGAAAGAAAAAGAGAAAGAGAGAGGAUGGGCCAAAAGUACUUAGAGAUGGGCCAAAAACGUCUAAGUAAUUUUUAAAAUCAAAAUAUUCUUUUUCAAGACUCUUUGGGCUUGUGGUUGAACUUAUAGUUUUACAAGUUAAAUAAUCUGUUGUUUUACAAUUUGAGAAAAGAUAAAAGUUUAGCCUGAAAGGUCUCGAGAAAGAGUAAUUGAUUUCUUUUUUCUUUUUUUUAUUCUUUUCUUUUUCUUUUUUUUUCCUAACGACCUAAGAACUUUUGGCCCACUCGAAAGCUUUCGACCCAUUCCCGAUCCUGUAAAUUUUUGUCGUCUUUUCCGAAUAUUUGUAAGAUCGAUUCGAGACCGAGAACUUGAUUGAUUGGCCGUAAGCCUAUAAUCGUAAUAAAUAUCGAGAAGGAAUAAAAAAAAAGUAAAUUAAUAAUAAUAGGAAGAGGAAGAGGAAGAAGAAGAAAAAGAAGAUAGAAAGAAGAAGAGUUUGAACGUUAAACGUAUGCUGCCAUAUGCGAAAAAAAUAAACAAAGAUCAAACACACAUACAAUCGACAAUUGUUUUGUUAUAUACAUACACACACAUACACACAUACACAUAUAUUAGUCUAUUUAACAUACAACGUUAAGAAUUAUCUUCUGUGAUUUUGAAGCAGUAUCAGUUUGGAAUAAGAAAAGCGCUUCGAACGGAAGUUAAUUAUAGUCGACAAUGAUAAAUAUAUGUUAUCAGAAGGAAAACAAACAAUUCUAAUUAUUAAAUUAGACAUAUGUGUGUGCCGAUCGGAAGUGAUAUUAUUAUCGAUUCUUAGCUAUUAAUAUUUCAAUUGUGAUUUUUUAAUAUAUGAGAGAUAAUUAGAGAUAAUCAUGGACACUCGAUCUUAAAUGAUUUUGUUUAAAAAUACAAACAGAUACAACAUACGUACAUUCAUAAAUAUAUAUGUACAUAUAUAUAUAUAAUUGGCUUAUUCGGUGUCCAUUUUUAAGUAAAUAUUAAUAUUUCUUCCAUCCAAAUGGGACUCACAUACUCGUUUCCGAAAAUAAUCGAGUUUUUAAAGGGCAACGAAGAAGAAGGGUACAACAAUGCACGAAACUUUUUCGUUUUAUAAUUCCAAUAUUUACUAUCGUUUGAACCAAUCGAUCUCCUGCGAGACACGUGUUCUUUUAUUAUGCAGUAAUAAGGAUAACUUAAUCACGCACGCGCGCGCGUGCGCGCGCACGCGCUUAUCGAGAGAAUAUAUUUAAUAAUAGUUCAGCUUAUAUCGGCGCAAAUGUGAGAAAAAAAAAAGUGUCAAGGAAAACUAGUAAAAAGAAGAAAAAAGAAAAAGAAAAAGAAAGAAAAAAAAACUCAAAUGUUAGGAUUAUAAUAAUAAUGUACUUAAGAUUAAAAAAAAAAAAAAGGAAAAAAAAUAAUAAAAGGAAUUAAAAUAAAAAUAAAAAA